CGUAUUAAGAAUAUAUCGCAUAAAAGAAUUGCCUCAGCCUUUUUAUUUGUCUAAAUGGGAAGCAAAUACUGUAGCCCUAACAUCAUUCAAAGAAAAUGCUAAAUACACGUUUGGAUGUCAGGCUAGAUGAGCAGAAUAUUAGAAGAGAAAGAGCGUUGCAACUAAGACGACAAAGACCUGGUCAUCUGGGUGAUGUCAGGAAAAAAUUUUCCGCUGUAAAGGAGUUGUUGAAUGAGGACACGAACAUUGAAGUGCUUAAUAGAGAAGUGGAAAGCUACGACCGAGCCUUCUGUAAAUUUGUAGAUAUCCAUGAACAGUAUUUGGCAUUUGAAGAUGAUGAAACAAUAAAGAGUCUCCAGAUUGAAAGUUAUGAAAAUCAAAGAGACCUGAAGUAUGGGUUGGAAUUGACAAUAAAAAGAUUGAAUAAAGAAAGAGGAGAACUAGCUUCAUUGGAAGCUGCGGCGAGCCUUCACUCACAUUCCGGGAAGAGUAAAAAGAGUAGCAGAGCUUCAACUAAGAUGACUACAAUCAGUGGAAGAAUUCAAGUGGAAGAAGCAAAUUUGAAAAUGAAAGAACUUCACCAAAGACAGGUGAUUGAGAGACAACUCGAAAGGACAGAGACCGAUUACAAAAAACGUUUAGGAGAAAUGGAAGAAGGGAAAAGAUCUGAGAAAGCAGAACUUCAAAGAAGAUUAGAGAUGUUGAAAGCAGAAACAGAACUUGAAAGAGCAGUGACACUUCUGAGGUUUGAGGAAGAUUUUGGUGAUAUCUCUGACGCAGCUGGGAGUGUAAAAGAGAAGCCGAUCAGCGAGAUAAGUUCUGAUAUGUUACCACUUAGAGAUUACCUAACCCCAACAGUUCACAGUCCAUGUCGACCGAGCGCAGAAAGCGAGUCUAAAAUCCCUGUUGGAGAUCCCUCCUCGAGCAUUCCACCAAGGAAUAAGUUUCCUAGUCCUGACCCAAGAGAUCCUUUCCCACACAUUCCAGUUAGCCGCCCUGAUGUUCCAGCAAGAGAUUCCUUCCCACACGUUCCAGUUAGCCGUCCUGAUGCUCCAGCAAGAGAUUCCUUCCCGCAUGUUCCAGUUAGCCGUCCUGAUGUUUCAACAAGAUAUCCUUUCCUGCAUGUUCCAGCUAGCCGUCCUGAUGUUCCAACAAGAUAUCCUUUCCUGCAUGUUCCAGCUAGCCGUCCCGAUGUUCCAGCAAGAGAUUCCUUCCCACACGUUCCAGUUAGCCGUCCCGAUGUUCCAACAAGAUAUCCUUUCCUGCAUGUUCCAGCUAGCCUUCCUGACGUUCCAGUAAGAUAUCCUUUACCGCAUGUUCCAGUUAGCCAUCCUAGUUUGGCGAUGAGGAAUCGUUUUCCACAUGUCUCAUUUGGUGCUCCAGAUGUUCCAAGAGGAAAUCCCAUUCCACCCGUCGUAGUUGGUGACAAACAUUCCUCGACAUAUGUUCCGAUUGAUAGAUUGUACAAUCCAGGACAGAAUUCCUUUCCAUUUUAUCCAAGAACGGAACGAAGUGUUUCUGUUGGCUAUUACCCACAGAAUAUCCCAAUUGGCAUGUCGAAUCCCCCAAAUGUUACAUCUAGGAACCUGCAUCCGAAUACCACAAUUGGUGCGUGUCAAGAAGAUCCAUGCAUUUCGGUGGGAGACCCGUUAAUGACCUCACUCCCGCAAUGGAAUGUCGAAGCACCAGUGUUCCGCCCGAAUAGUACAGAAUAUCCACAGCAAGGGGAGACAGUACAGAUGAUCGCGGAUGCUAUCAGACAAGGACCAACAUUGCCGAAGAUCGACUUAAUGGUGUUUGCUGGUGAUCCAUUAGAAUUUUCAGAAUUUGUCACGAAUUUCAAGGACAAUAUUGAAAGCCAAGUACGAGAUGAUUCCCAAAGAUUAACGAGAUUGCUGGCCCAAUGUUCGGGAAAAGCCAAAGAAUCCAUCAGAAAUUGUGUGAACCUUCCUGUUGGCACAAGGUACGAGGUAGCUUGGAAGACCUUGAAGCAGAACUUUGGUCAACCUUAUAUGGUCGCAGAAGCUCAUAUCAGGAGAUUGACACAAAUGCAAUUAAAGAGAGCCGAUGCAUCCGCUCUGAUGGAAUUCUCGAGGCGUCUAGUGGAUGCUCAAAGGACAUUGAGUAAUCUUGGUGCCUGUUUUGUGAAUCGACUAGACAACGAAGAUUUAAUUGUCAGUUUGAUGAGAAAAUUACCUGAAGAUAAUAUUAAAAGGCGAUGGGCCGAUACAGCGGGGGAUCUUAUCAAGCGUAAAGGUCAAGUCCAUUUUACAGACUUUUCAGAAUUUGUUCAGAAGACUGCUGAACGUUUGAACAACCGAUUUGCGUUAGAAUUAAAGUUAUCGAGGGAAAGAAAGACUUCCGACAAGCUAGAACCUAGAAGAGUUAAUACCUAUGCCAUGCAGACUAAAAAUCAAUCACAAAGAGGAAGAAAUGUAUAUGAGUGCCCUUCAUGUUCGGGUUCUCAUGGAGUUUGGCGAUGUCCCAUAUUUAAAGCUGCAACAUUAACUGAGAAGCUAAAAGUCGUUAAUCAGCAGCGGCUUUGUAGAAGAUGUCUCGAGAAAGGUCAUUUUGCUGCAUCUUGCAAAAGGAAAUUCGUCUGUUUAAAGAAAGGUUGUGGAAAAGAACACCAUUGGUUAAUCCAUCCGGAAGAAAGGAAACAUAAGGAUGAUGCCGAUGAUCCUCGAAAUGACAAAGCUGAGAUAGAGAAUGUUGAUCCUAAUUUUCCAGCAAAGAAUGCCCUGAAUUCCCAAGUGGACGCUGCCAACAAUCAUGCUACGGUCGCGACCAUCGGAGUCAACCAACCUAGAAUUUGUUUUAAAGUUGUUCCUGUCAAGAUCCGAAGUCCAAACGUUGAGAAGGAAGUGACCACUUACGCGUUUCUAGACAGUGACUCUGAUACUGCCCUUUGUCUGAAUACUUUAGCAGACGAGCUCGGCUUAGAUAGUACUGCAGUGGAUUAUACGAUGGUCACGAUGAACGAUAGGAGAGUAAAACAGGGACAUCGAGUUUGUUUACAGAUAAGUUCAUUGGACGUGAGACAGAUUUCAAGCUUGAUAAUGUUCUGACUACAGAUCGGCUGUCGGUAACAACAAAGCAUUUCGCGACUGAAGAGCAAGUAAACAAAUGGCCACAUCUUAAUGGAAUUCAUUUGCCACAGAUCGAAGACAAGAGAGUUAAGAUCCUGAUUGGUAUGGACCGUCCAGAUGUGAUUGAGAAUGACAUCGAGAAACGAAAAGGUAGAAGGGGUGAACCCUACGCUGUGAAAACUCCAUUAGGAUGGACUGUGUGCGGCCCGAUAUCAGAGAACGAAAGAGAUAUAAGCGAUGACACCUUCGUUAAUUUCAUUCAAAGCGAACAUGUUGGUAUUGAUGAGCAAUUACAGUGUAUGUACAACAUAGAUUUUGGCGGCACUUCGGUGGACACUACCCCAGCAUCUUCAAUCGAAGAUCGCAAAGCUACAUGCAUAAUGGAGGAAUCUGCACGUUUGUUAGACGGACACUAUCAGUUGCGCCUUCCAUUUCGCCAUGACGUUCCCGAGCUUCCUGAUAAUUAUGAAGUUGCUGUGAAGAGGUUGAACCUUCUGAAGAAACGAUUAGCCAAGGACGAACAACUCCGCGAGCAAUACACAACCGUUAUGAAACGCUAUGAAGAAGAAGGAGCGUCGAAGAUUGUAGCUGAUGAUGACCUUCGUAAGUUAAGCCCUAUAUGGUUCCUACCGCACCAUGCAGUCUACCACCCGAGAAAGCCAAACGAGCCAAGGAUCGUCUUCGAUUGUUCCUCUGAAUGUAAUGGUAAAUCAUUGAACCACGAGCUCCUACAAGGUCCUGAUAAUACAAGCUCACUCUUCGGAGUCAUUUUACGCUUCAGAGUUGAUGAAAUAGCUGUAGCUGCAGAUAUUAAACGAAUGUUCCAUCAAGUAUAUGUUGCUCCCGAAGACCGAGGCGCAUUGUGUUAUUUAUGGUGGCCCGACGGGAAUAUCAACGUUCAGCCGAGAACAUACCAAAUGCUCGUGCAUAUAUUCGGAGCUAAAUCCUCGCCGAGUGUCGCUGGAUAUGCAAUGAGGAGGACAGCAGAGGACAACAAGCGCGAUUUCCCAUGGGAAGUGGUCGAUGCUGUUUGGCGAGAUUUUUAUGUAGAUGAUCUGCUGAAGUCAUUCCCGGAUGUUCUUCGUGCUAUUACGUGUUCUAAACAGUUACAGAAUCUUCUGCAUAGAGGUGGCUUCCAAUUGACCAAGUGGAUUUCGAACAGUCGAGAGGUAGUUUCAGCCUUUCCGGAAGAUCAACGUUCCCCGUCUGUGAAAGAUUUAGAUAUGGACUUCGAUAGAUUACCAAUGGAGAAAGCACUGGGAUCUCAUUGGGAUAUUGAGGAAGACAAGUUCAAAAUGAUUCUUAGUACAAAACAGUAUCCUCAAAAUAGAAAGGGAGUCCUCUCUUCGGUAGCUUCCAUCUACGAUCCACUUGAUUUUCCAGUCCAUUGAUACUACCUGGCAAAGAAAUCAAUCAGGAGCUUUGCAAGUUGAAAUAUUCGUGGGACGAUGAGCUUCCAGCUGAUUUAGCCCUGAGAUGGCAGGAGUGGAGAGCGUCGUUAGCUGCGAUGGAUGAUUAUGGAAUCCCGCGUUCCUUCAAACCUUCUCAAUUUGGCAACAUUGUUAGGAUCGAGAUCCACCAUUUCGCUGACGCUUCCGAGAAUCAUGGGUAUGGUAUGGUUUCGUACAUACGUUUCGUUAAUGAUCUGGGACGAGUUCACUGUGGUUUCGUGAUGAGCAAAUCUAGAGUUAAGCCACUAAGAGCUGGAAUCACCAUACCAAAGCUUGAGUUAACUGCAGCCACUUUAGCCGUUAACAUGAACGAGCUUAUCAAGAAGGAAUUGUCUGGAAGGCUACGUAUAGACGAGACGUAUUUCUGGACGGAUUCAUAUCUUGUUUUAAGAUAUAUUCGAAACGAGAAAAGAUGAUUCGUGAAGUUCGUUGCGAAUAGAGUAGCAAUCAUCCGAGAGGGAUCAAGACCGUCGCAGUGGAAUUACGUGAAAUCUGAAGAAAAUCCUGCUGAUUACGCUUCUCGAGGAAUCAGAUCUACGGAAGAACUAAAGUUAAAAAUCUGGCGUCAAGGUCCAGCCUUCUUAUGGGCAGACAAGGGCGAAUGGCCAGCUCAACCCGAAGAAAUCUCAAUGGAACUUACCGGAUCUGAUUUCGGAGUGAGAGAAGAAGAAAUUGCGGUGAAUACGACAGCAGUUCAAGAUGAAUUCUGGGUAUCCUUAUUAAAACGAUAUUCUACCUGGAGAAGAAUGUUUCGAAUAGUUGCUUGGUUACUUACAAUUUGUAACAAAUUUAGAUCGCUCGGGAGAAAACGCGAGUCUGGAUCAACUGAAACGGAAUAUCCGAAUCACGUAACACUCUCGGCUCAGACAGGAGCGAAGGAGAUGAUCGUGAAACAUGUCCAAAGACAUGCUUUCUCAGAGGAAAUCUUUGAUAUCGAGUCCUCUUCGGGAUCUAAGAAAGGAAAUAGGCUCUCGAAGUUGAAACCGUUCGUCCAGGAUCGCAUUUUACGAGUUGGAGGAAGAUUAAAACACUCAGAUUUGGUAUUCGACGCUAAACAUCCGAUGAUCAUGCCUGGUGAACACCACGUUACCCAAAAGAUUAUACUCCAUUAUCAUAUCCUAUAUGGGCACGUUGGAACUCAUCAAACUCUCGCUGAGACUAGGCAAAAGUUUUGGAUCUUGAAGGGCGUUGCAUCAGUCAGAAGAGUCCUACGCAAUUGUCACGAAUGCAAGCGACAGAGUGCAAGAUAUGGCGAACAGAUUAUGGCUCCUCUUCCACCUGUAAGAGUAUCGGAGGAUAGCGAUCGGGUUGCCUUUCCCUUCUCUGCCGUCGGUGUCGAUUACUUCGGCCCAUUUCAUGUCACACGUGGGAAAUCAACCAGAUCAGCGAAAGCAACUUCAAGUUUGAACAAGCGUUAUGGAUGUAUUUUUACCUGCCUUCGAUACAGAGCUGUCCAUAUUGAAAUUGCAAAUGAUCUGUCUACGGAGAGUUUUAUCAACGCAGUAUUACGUUUUGUAGCAAGAAGGGGACCACCGUCGGUCAUUUACAGCGACAAUGGAACGAACUUCCGAGGAGCUGAAUUAGAUAUUUUAAAGGCGAUGAAAAUUUGGAAUCAAGAGCAAAUAAGAUACAAUCUACAAGAGAAGGAAAUUGAGUGGAAGUUCAAUCCACCAGCCGCUAGCCAUUAUGGUGGCGUAUGGGAACGUCUAAUUCGCUCUAUACGACGAAUAUUACAUGCAAUGAUCGGAGAGCAGUUAGUGAACGGGGAAACCCUGACAACAUUUAUAACUGAAGUAGAGAAGAUCAUGAAUGAUCGUCCGAUUACGCCUGUUCCACGUGAAGCAGAAGAUUUGAAGGCACUAACUCCAAAUGAUAUCUUACUAAUGCGAAGAAAUCCUUGCGUAUCUCCAGAGGAUGAGAGAAAUCUCGAUCGAUAUCAAGCAAGAUGGAAACAAAUUCAUCAUCUUGCUAAUCAAUUCUAUAACCGUUGGAUUAAAGAGUAUUUGUCCCAACUCCAAGAAAGUCAGAAGUGGUUGAAAAGCAGACCCAAUUUCCGAGUUGGAGAUCUUGUUCUUGUCACUGGUAAAGACACAACACGCGGUAAAUGGCCAAAAGGUUUGAUACAAGAAGUUUAUCCCGACGAAGAUGGUGUAGUUCGAAGAGUUUCAGUACGAACAGCCGCAGGAACAUAUCAACGUGACAUUCGAAAGUUAUGUAUGUUAGAAGAACAAGUUGUAAGUUUACUUCGAGAACAAUCAAUUGCAUGA